CAAAAUUGCAGCAUCAAGAAUUUCGGGAUCCUGUUGUACUCAAUAACCCAACUAAGCUGGUUCAUUUCGCACUUUAAACCUCGAGCUGUUUCUCUUGAUCCUCCUCCUCUUCAGCAUCAGUGGUUAAGAAAGUGAAAAAGAAGAAAAAUGCUGCCAUAUCAAACCCUUGAAGAAGCAGCGUUCGCUCUAGGAAGAAACCUAACCCUGGCGGAGAGACUAUGGUACAACUAUUCAGCUCAGAAAUCGGACUUCCUCCUUUACAGUCACAAUACUCUUUUCAUGAUCUUGCUGUUCUCCUUGGUCCCUCUCCCCUGUGCGUUCAUGGAGCUGAGUCAGUCAAAGAGAAUGGCCAAGUUCAAGAUUCAACCCAACAUCAAAAGAUCAUUCUCCGACAUGUUUAAUUGUUAUAAACAUGUUAUGAAGAUGUUUGCUUUUCUGUUGGGUCCUCUCCAAUUCGUUUCCUUCCCUGCCAUCAAGUGGGUUGGGAUUCAUACAAGCUUGCCAUUACCGUCGUUGUGGGAGGUUUUAAGUCAGUUGUUGGUUUACUUCCUUAUAGAAGAUUACGCCAGUUACUGGUUUCAUCGGCUGCUGCAUACCAAAUGGGGCUACGAUAAAAUCCACUACAUGCACCAUGAAUACCUAGCUUCGUUUGGAUUUACAGCUCUUUAUGCCCACUGGGCUGAAAUUUUGAUAUUUGGUAUUCCAACAUCUCUUGGUCCGGUCAUGGUUCCAUGCCACAUGAUCGCACUCUACCUUUGGACCAGUUUUCGCCUUGUCGAGGCCAUCGACGCGCACAACGGGUUUGAGUUUCCUUGGAGUCCGACCAAAUUCAUACCAUUUUUCGUUGGUGCGGAGUACCAUGAUUAUCAUCACUAUGUUGGGGGACAAAGUCGGAGCAAUUUUGCUUCGGUUUUCACCUACUGCGAUUUUAUCUAUGGGACAAAUAAGGGAUACCGCCAUCGCAAGCAAGCCCAUGAAAAGUUGAAGGGCAAGUGAGGAAGUGGCAGUAAACAUAGUGGAAAUACAUAAGGACAUCUCUUCAUUGAAAGGCUUCAAGUGAGAGUAGCAGUCAGGGUUCAUUGAAUAAAUACGCACUCUCUCAUCUAAAUUAUAGUUAGAUCAUA